CAACAGAAGACGGACUCGACGGAGCUAACGGAAAAGUAACUGAUCCGAGCCAGCGAGAAAGAGAGAGAGAGAGAAAAUGGCGGUUGAGGCUUCUUCACUAUCAGCGAUCAUGGCGGAAGAGGAGAAUCUCGAUCCCAACACCACGAACCUUAUCCGCUUCGAGAAGCAUUUGCCGGUGAUUCGCGCUAUCCGCGGCGGCGAAGAAGGUCCGUCGAAGGAGCAAAAGAUCGCAUGCGGCGGAAAUGGCUACGUGUGGAAGAAAUCAAAACCAACCACCGUAAUCCAACGCUCGCACGCCUUCCAGAGAUCUUGGACCUUCUGGUUCGAUAAUCCUUCCUCGAAAUCGUAUCAAGCCACAUGGGGAAGCUCUCUCAGAACCUUGUACACAUUCGCUACCAUCGAGGAGUUCUGGAGUCUUUACAAUAACAUGCAUCCUCCAACCAAGUGGGUUCAUGGGUCGGAUCUUUACUGCUUCAAACGUGAAAUUGAACCCAAGUGGGAAGAUCCUGUUUGUGCUAAUGGAGGGAAGUGGACUAUGAUGUUCCCUAAGGCUACACUGGAAUCCAGCUGGCUUAACACGUUACUUGCAUUAGUAGGUGAGCAGUUUGAGCAUGGAGAUGAGAUUUGCGGGGCAGUUUUGAAUUUCAGAAUGAGAGGGGAUAAGAUCUGUGUAUGGACAAAGAACGCUGCUAAUGAGGAAGCUCAGCUAAGCAUUGGAAAACAGUGGAAGGAACUUCUUGGUUGCAAUGAAAUAGUCGGAUUCAUAUUUCAUGAGGAUGCAAAGACUCUUGAUCGUAAUGCUAAACCUCGGUAUACUGUAUGAGCUUACUGUCUUACUUGUCAGCUUCCCGGAAAAGAAAAAGAAGACUCAAAAGAGAAGUCUUAUGAGAGAAUACAUGACCUUUUUGUUAUUUCUGUUUCUAUCUUUUACUGUAAAAAGAUGCACAUUUUGUGAUUGAAGUGAUUAGCAUUCUCUCACUUUCAACCUUGGAAUGGGUUUUAGUCAA